CUCACCAUUCGACAUCUAUACAUCCAUGGACCACUCAAAGCCACAACCCAUUCAAGGUGGACGCCCUGGCCAAGACGACGAAUUGUUGUUGAAUAAGCGAGUUCAGUGGCUGUGUCCCCAGUUUGACCCCGAUCGAUGAUACAUGGACUGGCCUAGCAUGCGUUCGCGGUAGGCAGUAGUGACGUCUGCCAUAUGCAAUGGGGGUACAGUAUAUAGGUCUAACGAUGGAAGAAUGGGUGGAAUAAAGGAAAUGCUCUCACUUUGACAAGAUUUUCUGCUGAAUCUUGUCCUGUCGGCUCUUGACUUUCUUUAGCCUCUCAAUUCCAUCUUCAUUCACGAUGCGGUUCAAGAAGCGCCAAUCCGCUGAUGUCUCGACACUCGGGGGCCGCCGGGUCCCAACGGACGCGGUCAAUUGCCUAUGCUUCAGAUGCCAGACAAGCUGCGAUACAACUUGUUGUGUGUGAUGGGCGAGUUCGUGGGAACGUUUUUGUUUCUUUUCUUCUCUUUUGCUGGUACCCAGGUCUCGAAUACCCCCAUGCCGGCUCCUGGGUCGCCGCCCAAUACUUCGAAUCUGCUGUACUCGGCACUUUCUUUCGGUUUCUCAUUGACUGUCAAUGUCUGGGCGUUCUUCCGUGUGACUGGUGGUCUCUUCAAUCCAGCGGUAACUCUCGCACUUUGUGUCACUGGCGGCAUGCCCCCUUUACGUGGGUUGUUUGUUUUCCCAGCUCAACUGGUCGCUGGAAUUGCAGCUGCAGGUGUAGUGAGCGCACUAUUCCCAGGACCGCUGAACUGUGCAACUCGUCUGGGUGGUGGAACGUCCAUUUCGCAGGGUCUCUUCAUUGAGAUGUUCCUCACCGCGCAACUGGUGAUCGUCAUUAUCAUGCUAGCGGUCGUGAAGCACAAGUCCACCUACUUGGCUCCAGUAGGAAUCGGUCUGGCAUUCUUCGUGGCGGAAAUGAUCGGUGACUAUUAUACCGGAGGAUCCUUGAACCCCGCGCGCUCCUUGGGACCAGAUGUAAUUAACCGAACAUUCCCCGGAUAUCACUGGAUCUACUGGGUCGGCCCUCUGCUCGGUUCCCUCCUCGCCUCUGCCUUCUAUCACCUCCUGUGCUUCGUACGCUGGGAGAAUAUCAACCCGGGUCAGGAUUACAAUGAGCAGGAGUUCAGAGCGAGAAAGGAGUCAAUGGCUCCUUCGGAGAGAACCAUGACCGACCAGGUUCAUUCCGAUGAUGUUCCUGAGCAGAGCCAGCCUAAUCGGGAGAUCCUUCCUGAUCAACAGGUUUAGUGGGGCGUAGUCGGCCACAGAUCGUCAUCUUGCAGUUAGCUCGUCUGUCUGCAGGUGGUAUUGAUCAUUGAUGACGUGGGCUCAUUUGUUGGAUAUG